AUGAUCCAGCCGGGCCUCGAGCGGAUUGGCCUUCUGUUAAAGAACGUCCAGUUUCCGUGGAAGGCCAUCCACGUUGCUGGCACUAACGGCAAAGGCUCCAUCUGCGCCUUCGCGUCUGCCCUCCUGACGCGCAGGUGUGUCCGCAAUGGCCGUUUCACCUCUCCCCACCUAAUCGAUAGAUGGGACUGCAUUACCAUCAACGACAAACCCGUCUCCGAACGCCAGUUUCGCAAGAUUGAGGACCAUUUCAUCCAGCUUAAUCAACGCGAGCACAUCAAUGCAUCCGAAUUUGAGCUCCUCACCGCCACCGCCUUUCAACUCUUCAACGAAGCCAAGGUUGACGUUGGCGUGGUAGAGGUGGGCAUGGGCGGCAAGCUCGAUGCCACCAACAUCUUGAACAACCAGGUUGUCUCCGUAAUCUCCAAAAUUGCUCGCGACCAUCAAAACUUCCUGGGCAACACCCUGGAAGAGAUCGCGCUGCACAAAGCUGGUAUCCUAAGACCCAGUGUCCCCUACAUCGUAAACCCCAUCAACGAAUGGAAUGUCCACGACGCCAUCGACGACUACGCCGCGGAAAUUGGCGCCGGCCCUCGCAUCCUCCCAGAAACCGAGGAGCUCCGAGAGAACUUGUACUCGACCAAAGACUGGCACAAAUUCGCAACCGGUCUCCGCCCGUUCCAGCGAGACAAUGCCGUAUUGGCCUUUUUAGCCGUUUUGGAGGUGUUAAAGAGCAUGAAUGAGAGUACGAGGAAGUCCACGAGCUUGCUGUCUGGUUUGAGGAAUAAAGUAUUUCCAGGACGGUUGCAGCGGUCUUAUGUGCGUCAGGUCUUCGGUGCCUCUAACAACAGGCGAAUCCUUAUCGACGGAGCUCACAACCCGGACGCCGCAGAGGCGCUGAAUGACUUUGUUCGCCCCCCCUCCACAUCCAAGCGAAAUUUUGACGGCGCCGGUUCGCUCAGUCGUGGAAGGCCCAUUACUUGGGUCCUGGCCAUGACUGACGGGAAGGACGCGCGACGAUAUCUCGCCCGACUCCUCCGCCCCGGGGAUAAUGUUGUAACCACCACCUUCGGUCCCGUCGACGGCAUGCCCUGGGUUAGGCCAAUGGAUCCUAAAGAGCUGCUGAAAAUUGCCCUGGAAUCCAUACCAGAAAUUACAGGUCUAUACGUUCCUACUGCUGGGACCUUCCGAGCAUUGUGUGCCGCUAAGUACCUGACCGGACUCGGGCAGGACCACCCCAUCGUCUUGACUGGCAGCCUAUAUCUUGUCGGCGACUUCCUACGGGAGAAGCGGCAGUUGACCGAAGAUGGAUACACUAUGAAUAUCAACUGGGUCGACAGAGAAGAGCGUAAUCGUGUGAACAAUUUCCUUAGUAACAAGUUACCGGAUGUCGAUCGAAUCCCGGCCGACAGCCCCGUAACCGCCGUGGGCGAAAGUAGGGAAGAAGAGGAAGCGAGGAAGCUGCUGGAAGAGAUAGAAAAGCUGAAUCGCGAGAUGCAGUUUCUGGAUCUGGAGGAGAAGAGACUGACACAGACCCGGUCCUUCCAGCCCGACCACCCAGUCCCGGCCGCCCCAGUUCCCCUCCCUUCUACACCCUCUCCAGAACCCAACAGCAAAGCCACAUCCCCUAAGCAGAAGUUCUUCGAAGAAUUCGAGAAUAUCCGCAAGCAGCUCGCAAACCUUCCUUCCACUCCUCUGCCGCCUACAGAAUCCGCAGAACCGGACAACAAUCUCCGCGAUUUAGUCAAGACUGUGCCACCUCGUCCAGACGUCGAAGCCAUCCUGAAGCAAGAAGAGAAACCCCGCAUCCGUGCUCAUUACGCCCGUUCCGAUCCCAAGGAGACGCCCAUAAAUAGAACAUUCCGACUCGCUCACUCAGACGGCGAGCUUCCGUCCAAGGUUCGCCGUGUCUUGCUAAAGGACCAGGCAGAAGUCGACGUCAGGAAGUUGCAGCCGUUGAAGAUUCGGAAGCACCAGGCGAAGGCAGAAGACGACGAGGACGAGGAACCAAGGUCGUACUUGCGGAAGGCCUACUCUAAUGCAAAGUAG